CUGCAGAUGCCCAACAGCAGCUCCAUCAGCCAGUUCCUCCUCCUGGCGUUGGCAGACACGCGGCAGCUGCAGCUCCUGCACUUCUGGCUCUUGCUGGGCAUCUACCUGGCUGCCCUCCUGGGCAACGGCCUCAUCAGCACAGCCGUAGCCUGCCACCACCGCCUGCACACCCCCAUGUACUUCUUCCUCCUCAACCUCGCCCUCCUCGACCUGGGCUGCAUCUCCACCACUCUCCCCAAAGCCAUGGCCAAUGCCCUCUGGGACACCAGGCACAUCUCCUAUGCAGGAUGUGCUGCACAGCUCUUCUUUUUCCUUUUCUUUUUUUGUGUAGAGUAUUCCAUCCUCAUCAUCAUGUGCUAUGACCGCUACAUUGCCAUCUGCAUGCCUCUGCACUAUGAAAUCCUUAUAACCUUUAGAGCUUGUGCCACCAUGGCAGCAGCUGCCUGGGGCACUGGGCUUCUCUAUUCCUUGCUGCACACUGCCAACACAUUUUCACUGCCUCUCUGCCAUGGCAAUGCUGUGGAUCAGUUCUUCUGUGAAAUCCCCCACAUCCUCAAGCUCACCUGCACAGAAUCCUACCUCAGAGAACUUGGGCUUACCAUGGCUAGUAUCCUUGUUUUAUUUGGCUGUUUUGUAUUCAUUGUUGUGUCCUAUGUGCAGAUCUUCAGGGCCGUGCUGAGGAUGCCCUCUGAGCAGGGACGGCACAAAGCAUUCUCCACGUGCCUCCCUCACCUGGCUGUGCUCUCCUUGUUUCUCAGCACUGUGAUGUUUGCCUAUUUGAAGCCUCCCUCCAUCUCUUCCCCAUCCCUGGAUUUGGUGGUGUCAUUUCUGUACUCAGUGGUACCUCCAGUAAUGAACCCCCUCAUCUACAGCAUGAGGAACCAGGAUCUCAAGGAUGCUCUAUGGAAACUGGUGAACAAAUGUGUUUUGAAAACAAUGAACUGCCCACCCUUUUCUGUGUAG